AUGGUUGUGUUUUUAUUGUUCUAUCUCGGAUUUACUACAGCUGCAGCUGUGUUAUCACCCUGCAUAGAACUGAAUGAUGGUAACAAGGUACCCGUAGUCGCGUUGGGUACCGGUAGAGCUACAGCUAAGGAGGAUGACACUAAUGAUAUAGUGCGCGACUCAGUCUUGUGGGCCAUAGAGGCUGGCUACCGUCACAUAGACACUGCUGCCAUCUACGGCGACGAGGAGGAAGUAGGCCAAGGCAUAGCCGAUGCCAUCGCUAAAGGAAUAGUUACUCGAGAACAACUCUUUAUUACUACUAAGCUUUGGAACGACAGACAUGCUCGUCAUCAAGUGGUGCCAUCCCUGCAGGAGUCUCUCUCCAGACUGGCUCUGGACUACGUAGAUUUAUACCUCAUACACUUCCCGAUAGCUACUAAGAGUGACGAUUCGCCCGACGACAUUGAUUACUUGGAGACCUGGGAAGGAAUGGAGGAAGCUAGGGAGUUAGGCCUUACGAGGUCGAUUGGUGUGUCCAACUUUAAUGAGACGCAAAUUGACAGGUUGGUUGCCAACAGCAGAGUGAAACCCGUCAUCAAUGAAAUUGAGGUAAAUCCAACAAAUACACAAGAAAGUUUUGUAUAUCACUGUCAACAACUGGGUGUUGCUGUAAUGGCAUACUCUCCGUUUGGGUUCUUGGUUUCUAGAAAAAUAUCUGACGCUCCUCCACCAAGAUACGAUGAUCCAAUACUGGUAGCUAUGGCCCAGAAGUACGGGAAAACUACUGGUCAAAUUGUACUUAGGUAUUUGAUCGAUAGGGGAUUGAUUCCCAUCCCAAAAUCUACAAAUAAGAAUCGCAUUGCGGAAAACAUUGAUUUAUUCGACUUCCAGCUGACUGCCGAAGAAGUAGCAACUAUCAGCGCCUUCAAUAGAAACAAACGAGUAAUCGACAUGAAGGCGUAUAAGGACUAUCCUAAUUAUCCAUUUUAG